GUUACAUCACAAUUCUCAUUUUCGACUGCUCUACCAACCUAAUAAGAAUUCGCUUUUUAGAAAUGAUUUUUCACUUUAGGUGUGUAGUUCAGUGGAUUUUUGUUUCACUAUUCUUCUGUCAUGCAUAUUCAGGCGAUAGUGACUUAGAGAGCAGCUCACCACUAGAAGAUGACCCAGAUUUUCCGGAUACGGGCCCUUGGAUACCAUCCCUUUACUUUGAAGAGAUGCGGGCAGAUAAAGUAAUGAAGGGUCCAUCUAGUACGAUAUAUGCCUCAACAAAAUAUGUCGUCAACAAGCCUUCAAAAGAGGGGACAUCGAAUAAAGAGGUAACAGAAACUGACAUGUAUUUACUGAAUGCAAUAGAAAAGUUGGCUUAUAAAUUCGAAGCUUUAGAGAAACGAGUGCGAAGGACUGAAGAAUUAAUAUUCCAUGUAAUGGAAGGAUCCAACAUUAAGAGACAAGAUGCCUGCCCAGCCAAUUUCACGAGAGUGGCUAGGAACUGCUACCACUUCAGUGAUAGAGAAUACAACUGGAAAUCGGCAGCUUCCAUGUGCAAGAGCCUGGGUUCGAACCUCUUGGAGAUAGAAUCCCGAGACGAGUUCAUGGAGGUUGUUACGUUCAUUCAAGCGACAAACCAUCUCAGAGGAUAUGAAUUUUGGACUGGUGGCUUAAACCCAGGACUGCUGUGGAUAUGGGCCAACAGUGCACGCCCAGUGCUACCUAAGAAGCCCAGUAACCGCCCAGAAGAAACUGUUGUUGGAAGUGGUCGCUGCCUUUCUCUAGCGCUUAACAAGUCCAAGUUGUAUCAAUACCAGGGGGUCGACUGCGGUCAUCGUACAAGAUACAUUUGUGAGCAUGAAGAGAACGCGACAAUCAGGGCUCUUAAAAGAAUCCAAAAGUCCCUUCAUAUCAAAGAGGGCGACGCUUCACAAUAACAAAGAUCAAAAUAUUCUCCAAAGAACAAUAUGUUGUAAAUAAAACAUUAUAAAUUAUAAAUCCUAACUGUACAUAAAUUGUAAUUUUAUGUUAAAUAAAACAAAAAUAUUUCACUUAUUAGUAGCAAGCAGCCAUUUCCCCUUAAUUAGUAAUCACUCAUAUUGUACUAGAUUAACAAUAGACUUGAUCACAAUAUAU